GAGCCAUUUGUGGCUAUAGUAAAACAUCAUUAUUGGCUUAUUCUGAUAAUAUGGAUUCAACAAAAUAUUGUGAAGUUUUAAAGAAUCAGUUAAUUCCAUUAAUUAAACGAUUAUCAAAAGAAAAAAAUACACAUAUCAAUGUGAUUUAG